AUGGCGGCGGGCGGCGGUGGAGGCGGUGGCGGCGGUGGAGGGGCGGGAAGCGGCGGCGCGUCGCUCUUGCGAUGGCUGGACGUGCUCGAGAAGGAGUUCGACAAGGCGUUCGUGGACGUGGACCUGCUGCUGGGCGAGGUGGACCCGGACCAGGCGGAGAUCACGUACGAGGGCCGCCAGAAGAUGACGACGCUGAGCGCUUGCUUCGCUCAGCUGUGCCACAAGGCGCAGUCCGUGUUCCAGCUCAACACCAAACUCGAGGCCCAGCUGAUUGGGCUGCGCUCCGAACUGAGCGAGGCGAUGGCAUCCAAGGUGGUGCUGGAUAAGGAGCUGAGGGAUCAGCUGCUCCAGCUGCAUGCCGUGCAGUUACAGCUACACGCCCAUUCGGGGCAGAGCGUCGACUCAAGCAACAUCAAGGCCAAGCUGUCUGUCCCCUCUUUGGAGAUGAUGGAGAAGGAGUUGGAGAGCAACAAGCGUGCGGGCAUGAAGGACGCAGUGUGGGAGAGCGAGGCGGUGCUGCUGCGGCGAGAGAAUGACGAUCUACGGCGCCACCUGUCAGUAUUGCAGGGCGAGGUCUACGGCGCUCGCCUCGCCGCCAAGUACCUGGACAAGGAGCUGGCCGGCCGCGUGCAACAGAUUCAGCUCAUGGGUCAGAAUCUGAAGGGUUCGGCUCAUGACAAGCUGUGGAAUCAGCUGGAGGCGGAGAUCCAUCUGCACCGUCACAAGACGGUCAUAAGGGCCUGCCGUGGCCGUGCCAACCCCAAGCACAUGCUACCCCAGCCGGCCGGACACGAGCCGGAGACGCUGAGGAAGCAGCAGGGCGUUGGGCAGGUGAGGAAGGUGCUGCUCGUCAAGGCUGACGACGAGGGUCUGGGCAUCUCCAUCACCGGCGGCAAGGAACAUGGCGUGCCCAUUAUCGUCUCCGAGAUCCACCCGGGGCUGCCGGCCGAGCGCUGCGGUGGCCUCUACGUUGGCGACGCCAUUCUCGCCGUCAACGGCAUCAACCUCCGCGACACCAAGCACCACGAGGCGGUCGGCAUCCUCUCCCAGCAGGUGGGAGAGAUCGAGUUUGAGGUGGUGUUCGUGGCGCCGGACGUGGACUCGGACGAUGAAAACGCGGAGUACGAGGAUGAAACAGGGCGGCGCUAUCGCCUAUACCUUGAGGACCUGGAGGAGCACAGCGUGGCCUCUAGCAAGACGGCCACGAGUGCUGGCUCCAAGUCGCCUACGCCCGAUGUAACAGCGGUGGCCACCUCGGACGGUUUGAGCCUCAACAAUGGAGACCUGAGCGACGGCUCUGCCUCGAACGGAACCCUGUCCAGCGCCUCGGCUCUUGAGGAAACAGCGACGGCUACCACCGGCACGCAGGAACCCACCGGACCCACCCCUCCCACCUCCCCAUGAGUCCUCCUCUUCCGGGUCACCCAGGCCCGCCGUUCCCCCCGGUGGUUGGGAUGUUCCCUGCGUUUUAUUCUGGCCAUAUUCCCCUACUACGUGGAAUUCGGAUGGUCUACUCGUACCGCACACAUCCCCCUGACAUGAGCCACGUUCGCUGUUUUCUGCCAAUUGCCUAAUUCUUGGCCCGCACAUCCAUCCCAAAACACAACCCACAUUUGCACCGAAGCUCCAUGUCUCUAUGGAUGCUGUGGAGUGGCCACGUGGUGUGAGUGUCCAAAUCGUGCUAUGGAAUUGACCCAAAGUGGAUCGACUUUAGCAUCGGCUUGGCUGUUGUCUUCAAUCACGUCUUUGUUUCACUGGUGGAAUGACCCAUUCGGGGGGGGAAAGGGGAUAUGAUUUCCAAUUCUCGUUAUCCCACAAUACACAACCUUCUGGAGUCCACAUGUGGUUCCACUAUGUUUCCUGCUCUGUAAAGCAGCGAUUGAUUGGUAUUUAAUGCGGUAUGAUUUGAGCGUUGCAUUGUUUAUCCAGCCUGGCAUUUCAAUCAGCGAGUCAACCCGAGGAAACAUCGGAUAUACCCUCACACUUCAUAGCUUAGCAGUAUCAGCAUGGUGUAAAAGUGCAGCUUACGGCAUUCAGACUUAUUUUAUUGUUGGCGGGGGGAGGGGGGGCUGGGCUUUUGUUUGUAAACCAUUUACAGCCAGUGCAUAUAUUUAAAUUCAUAGUACACAUUUUCCUACCAAAAGAGACCUGACAUUCUCAACAUCAUCUUUAUCACACACAUUUGCUCAGUUGUAUCUUUGAGUGUCCUGCCCUUCGAAUAUAAUCUAUAUAUAUAUAUAUAUUUACACGGUGGAUCAAACUACAUGCUGUCAUUCAUGGUAGACUUAGCUCUGACAAGAUGCUCUACAAAUGGUUCUGAAACCUUUGCUAGCCAUUGUAUAAAUGUCAUCCGUUAACUUGUACAACAAAAGUGCUGUGUUACACAGUUGUGAGGUUACAGUAGAUUAAAACGAGAGAUCACUCAUCAUUUAGACAGCUGAAACCCACUGGCAUUUUCUCUGUACAUUUGUACUCAUACUAUGUGCUUAGGUAUACGAAGUGAUGAAAUUGUAAGUUACUUUGCAGUCUAUAUUUAUUCUUGUCCUCUGUAGGCACGACCACAGGAGUUGACUCGGCAGGCACGCGCUGCAUACAUAUUUGACCUCUUUGGCUCUGAGCAUGGCAAUGAUUGGCCGAGGCGGUCACGUGACUCUCACAUGUGACACCGAGCCAUGUAAUUGGCGCACGGCCACGCAUCUUAAAACACGUACAAUAAGUUUGGCUGCAUUACCAAUAUACAGCCUGUGCGUGUGGUUUCCUUUUUAGAUAAAUGUAUACAUUUUUAGAUUUUCCUUGAAGGUUACUUUAAAAUAUGAAUUACUACCAUGGUUGAUUCUGCAGUCAUGGUGCAUAUGUAAAGAUUAGUGAUGUUUUAAGGUUAAGUGUCCUCGGUCACUUGUGAGAUUAUUGUCAACGCUUGCAAUAUUAAUGUAGAAGCUUUAAUCAACCAAACACUCGGCACAAAGCCCAGUGAAUCUGCUUUCUUAAAUCUGGGAAAAGCCUAAUCCUUUGGAAAUGUGAACCAUUUGGGGCUACAACCAUAAGCCUAAUCUUUUCCUCAUAUUCCAACAGAGUUAUUCCAACUUAUUUUGAAUUUGUCAUAAAGUCCGUCCACAGGAAUCCAUAAACUGCUCACAACAGUCACAUUUGUGAAAGAUAUUUUAAUAUUUCAAACACUUAAUUUUACUGUAUUUAUUUGCUUUCGUUACAAUUCAUGGAGACGAGAAAACUCGAUAAGAACAUUAAACUUAUCCAACAAUAUUGCAUUCCAUUGCACGUGAAUAACGGAGUUGCUUUUUAAAGGCAAUCUUGGAAGAUGGGUCUAAUAUCACGAUUUGCAGGGGUAACAAUCACGGACUUCGAACUUAAAAGCUGUUAACAGGUAUGUCUGUUACAAGCCUUGGAGGGAACUUGGAGAAGAGGAGGUUGUUCACUUUCGGCCGUGGGCAGUUGGGACAUCACCUUUGGGUGAGUCCAGGGAAAUUUGAACAGGGCCGUACUGAGGCACCAUUGAUGCCGUCCAUCUGUGCAUAUUGAAUUCCUUCCCUUGACUAUCCUGAUGGAUUAUUUUCAGGGCCGUCCACGCACACAUGAAGGGCAUCUCGUCGAGAGGGAUGCUAGUUCUUGUCAGUGGCUUUGGAAACGAAGUCGUUAGGCUCGCUCAAUGUUUUUCCUCUUCGUUUGGUCUGAGUACUUUAAUAACCGAUCUUGGCUUUAUUUAUUUACUAUUUUUACUAUUUUAGCUUUAUUUUCUCUGUUUAGUUCCAGAAGAAUGUGGAAAAAUGUAAAAUAAAACAAAUGGAAACAGCCUAAAAACAUCGGUGGCAUGAAGCAACACUUUUUAUAAUCUUAACGGUUUUUGAAACAUUAACAUUUUGAUUCUCAUUGUGUAUGCGUUUGGUAUGUACAUCCGUGCAUGACCAUGUGGUGUGGGGGAGUCCUUUUUUUAAUGUUACUGGAAAGGAAGCAAUGGUUGAGGGUCAUUGGGGUACCCAAAAGGGUUGGGUAGAAAUGUUUUGCACCAAUAUUUUCGAGUCUUACGACUUACAAAAUAUUAUCUUUAAUCUAAAACAGACGUCCAACGAAGAGUGUGAAUACUUGAUGUGCCCAGUUUUACAUGGUCUUCACAGCAUCUAUUCAAUGUUACAAACAACAUUUUGUACGUACUGUGCAGUGAAUGUUAGUGACUGGUGUGAGAGUACUUCUGUAUAAAUUAUAAUCCGAUAGCUUUGUGUAAUUAAACAAAUUAAAAUUGUAAAUGUUGCAAUGCUUGCUGACCUACCAAACUAAUUUGUGUGUUAUUACAUGUGUACGUACUUUUUCUUUGUUUUGGUAACAAUGUCAAAAAUGUAUAAUAUGGUAAGCGUUAAUCAUGGUAUUUUAUACGGGAGUGUUCUGUACAAGUAUGAUUGUGGAGGAGCAGUUUCAUAUAACCGUCUUGGACAUUUAGCCUUAUUCUAAUCAAACCAACAAAUAGCACUACGUAUUGUUUCAUGAUGCUCUAAAAAAUUAAAUAAUAGGCUUCUUAUAAAUGUUACAGAAGCUCAAAAUGUAUAUCCGAGACCAUGCCACUUUAACCAAAGGCCAUCUACACAGUCUUACAAUUGUGCAUUGUUGCAAAACAUUAUGCUCUGUCCAAAGUGCUCCUGUAAUGGGUUUUAAUUUUUCAAAGGUCCUGAUGCUAGACAACUUGGAUGCAGGUAACACAGUCACUUGGGAGGACCAAUGUGUGAUAUGAUAAAAGUGACGAGACAGCUGAGGAAGCAAAGAGACAAUCUGAGUUUGCCGUAUUUAAAUAUUAUGUUUUCUGUCUCGUUUUUGGUGAUGUAAUGAGAGAAAUUUCACCUUUUGGAAAGUAUUUCCCACUGCUUAUCGGUGGUAUGUUUUCCACAGUUAUCAACGUUCUCAAUUCAAACAAGAAUUGCAUUGAUAGAUUGAAUGGAAUCGUGUUGAUUGGUGAAUAGGGUGAGGUGCAUUGUGGUUGGAGGCUUUUGAGGACUUUUAUUAGUGCUGCCGUGCAGUGUCGGAUUUGUGUGUAUGUUGAACUUGUUCGACAACGUAUGUAGCCAAACGUGCUAAUCGGGGAUGCGAAUUAGCUCGUCAUAGUUCAUGUUGGGUUUAAAUUGUGGCUUUCCAAACUCUAGUCUUGCUUCACCCCAGCCCAUGCAAUAAUUGGUUAUAAUAUGUGCAAAAGGUUAACGACUUGAUUAGCAACACAAUCGGAAAUAUUGGUGAACUUGGUUUUUCUAUUUUUAAUGCAACCUUUGGGAAUUUGAAUAACACGAGAUACACCAUUCUAAAUGUUUCAAUAAGGAAGCCCUCGACAUACACCUUAUAGCGGGACCCUCGGCUCUCACAUAAACUGCGUUGCGACGUCAUUUGAUGUCUGUUGAAGGCGAACGACACGGCAAUCUAUUCCUCUCGACGCACUCUACACGAUGCGCUAAUCAACGUUUCAAAGUUUUCUUUCUUCUGCGCAUUCGUCCUCGCUGCUGCGCUAGGACGACACGGCAACAAUGAUCCGCGCCACGUGGGUCGCGGCGUUUAUGUGCGCGGUGGGACGGAGUCGCCAAAAAUAAACAAAUUAAUUGCGAUUUUGACUUUCGUUUAUUUGGGACCCCGGGGUCCCGCAAUAAGGUUCAUAUCGUAACAAUUUUUCAUUGUAUAUAUUUUUUAUUGCCAGCGAUCUAAAUUGGAGCAACAAUGGUAUUUGCAUGUUUAAAGGCCUCCUACACUUUUGAGAUAUGUUAAAUUAAUGGAAAUAUUAGAUUGUUUCGGUAAAGUGACGUCGGUAUAAAAUAAAAAUAAAAUAAAUAAACGAUUCUUAUUUUAAACAC